GGACAACUGCCCGCAACUCCAACCGCGGACCAGCACCUUCUCCUUCAAUGCGCGUCAAUCUGAAGCAUCUGUGACCAACAAUCAACGGAAAGCCACAUGGUGAAAUGAGGGGCAUCGAGGAGACAAGGCAGCGAUGGAAUACCCUGUUUUGCGACAAUAACACCACCGCCGACUUUCAGAACGGACUCAGGUUGGAGCAAGACGACAAACUGUGCAACGAUGGAUUGAGGUCAAUUUGCUGGAAGGCCUUCUUGCUCUUCGAUGAUCUCGACCGGGCGCAAUGGCCGCAGAAGCUAUCCGAUUCACGAAGCGCCUACGUUGCCUUGAAAGACCACUUUCUGAAAUAUAUUGAGCAUCCUGAUGAUUUGGAGUCGACAGUCGAUCCGCUGGCGGAUGAUGCGGAGUCUCCAUGGCAAACUCUACGGAAUGACGAGCAAACAAGAGCGGAUAUUUCCCAGGAUGUAGACAGGUGCUUGCAAGAAAAUUUCUUCUUCCGCGAGCCUACCACGAAAGCGAAGAUGAUCGAUAUACUGUUUAUCUAUGCGAAACUCAACCCGGACCUGGGCUAUCGGCAAGGCAUGCAUGAGAUACUGGCACCUCUUUUGUGGGUAGUUGACAGGGAUGCGAUCGAGAUGAACCCGCUUGAAGAGCCCGGGGAAACAAAUGCAGACGAUGACGCGAUGCUCCAGCUUCUCGACGCCCGCUAUGUCGAGCAUGAUUCGUUCGCCCUGUUCUGCUCUGUCAUGCAGAAUGUCCGAGUUUAUUAUGAGCACAAUAGAACCCGAUCGGCUAAUGGUCAGAUGGACGUCAUUCCAAUUGUGCAUCAGUGCCAGCGCCUUCAUAGCGAACUUCUGGUUACGGCCGACGUCGAAUUGGCCGACCACUUGCAGACGCUCGAAAUAUUGCCGCAGAUUUUCUUAACUCGCUGGAUGCGUCUUCUGUUCGGGCGCGAAUUUCCAUUUCAAGAUGUCCUCGAAAUCUGGGAUUUACUCUUCGCCGAAGGACUACGCCCUGAACUGAUUGACUAUGUUUGCGUUGCGAUGCUCUUACGGAUUCGUUGGCAGCUGUUGAGCGCUGAUUCCUCAAGCGCUUUGACUAUCUUGCUCCGUUAUCCCUCACCAGAUCCUCAUUCGCCGCUGACUUUCGUCUACGAUGGAAUCUAUUUGGAGCAAAAUCCCACCCCCGAGAGGGGUCUAUUCAUCAUCUCGAAGUAUUCUGGAAGACCACCGGACUUGUCGAGAGUGCUUGGACAACCAAGCGCCAAGCCCUCGAAGGGUAAAUUCCGCCUGCGGAGUGCGUCAAGGGACCUGAGUGAGGUCAGCUCUCCUUCCAGGUCGCCUGCAAGGAACAGUCCCAAGAGUCUCGAAACAUUGUUUCAGGACGUAUCGGAGGGUAUCCAGCGCCGAACAGAGGCUUGGGGGGUCGCUAAAGCCGUUCGCGGAGCAGUAAGCGAAGCAAAACGGAAUAUGCAGUCAAUUCAGUCGGAACAUCAUCCUCGUGGCACCCGAUUCGAUCAGAGCCAAGGGCUGAGCACGUCCUGGGAUCGGGCCCCUGACGACACAGCCAAGCUGAAAGCAAAGAUCGAGGAGUUGGAGGUCCGGAAUAGAGAGCUUGCCAAGAUGCUAAAUCAUGCACUCAACGACAUUCGCUCUCACGUGAACAAAGCUGAGGUUGCCGAUAAUGGUGAUAUGGACCAUUUAAAGCGAGCACUUGACCGGGUACAAGGCAUCCAGAGCUGCCUGGAAGACCACAGCAUCCCCCUAAGCGCUGCAGAUCAAAUCCCAAGUGAGCCUAGUCAUGCCGAACCGGAGACUCCCUCGGAAGCCCCUGAAGCUACCAGCGACAGCGCGAAAUUUGCCGGUGAUGGGGCAGAUCGCGCCUCCACUGGUACCCGCCGAACCAGCGCAUCUGCCGAGUCACCCAGAUCGCCCGUUAGCAUUGGGACGAAGUUGAACCGCAGUACCGCCGCCACCAGUCCACAAUUUCCCACAUCCAUGCCCCUCCGACAUGCAUCUCGACCUUCGUUGGCGGAUUCCGAGUUUUCAUGGAUGCUCGGGGGGAAGCGACACCUCUCGAGCUUUGUCAGCCCGGCAUCUGUGCUUCCGGAGCAGACUCGGCACGGAGAAGGGCGCCCGCGCCCCAAACCAGCUUCCCUCUUCGGCAAUGGGGACGAAGAGCACGGAAAAGCCGGCGCCGAGGCCGAGUCGGACGGUCUGGCCCUGCGAAGUCUUCGUGGACCCAAGCCUUGAGAAUCGAUGGAGUACGCGGCAAUUUGGUCCGGCAUACGCUUUCAAAGUGUAGAGAUUUCGCACGAACUAUUUAAUAGCUUCCUUUUAUUCUUAUACAUACUUUAC